CUCUCUACAGUCUACGGAGUCAUGGCUAUGCGUUGGAUGCAGCUUCCAGUGAAGGCUUAGAUUUGGCUGUUUGUUAUGAUAUAUGGUGGUACGAUUAGCAUGCAAUAAACAAUAUCAAUUCCAACCCCCCUCUCACUAUGUCGCGUCCCUUCCCCUACGCUUUCAUUUCAUGUCCCUGCGCCAAUACCCCCGUUCCGGACCCGGCCAAGAAACGGCGGUCGAGGGACUCGCCACAGAAAUCCAACCCGGACAAACCCAAGCCUCUCCUGCUCCCGGACGAUGAUGAAGAUGAACAGACCUUCGACCCUCGGUCUCCGCGCGCCAAUUUCUCCCUGUACCCUCCGGAGCAGCUGCUCUACUGCGAAGAUUGUCACCAGAUCAAAUGUCCGCGAUGCAUAACGGAAGAGAUCGUGUGCUGGUAUUGUCCGAACUGCCUGUUCGAGACGCCCAGCAGCAUGGUUCGGAGUGAGGGGAAUCGAUGCGCUCGCAAUUGCUUCAAUUGCCCGAUAUGCACCGCCCCCCUGGCAGUCAACACCCUCGAGAACGUCGUGACAGGCGGCACCAGUCAACAAGGCCCCUGGGUGCUGUCGUGCGGAUACUGCAUGUGGUCAACCCUGGAUAUUGGCAUCAAGUUCGACAAGCCGACCAACAUCCGCACCCAACUAUCCAAGAUGACCGAUGCCACCCCCUCUCGCUCGAGACAGAUGUCCCGGACGUUCGGGGACCUCAAAUCCCCCCUCUCCACCUACUCCUCCAUCGACGAGGCAUUCCUACCGCCAGGAGAGAGCAAGCCGGAAGACCCCCUGGACCAGCCAAGCGCUCCCCUCAACCCCGACGCUAGAUUCAACGCCCUGAAGAACUUCUACAAGAACCAGAUCUCCGCAACGUCAUCCUCACCAACCGAUCCCCUGGGCAUGGACUUUGGAGCCGGCUUCUCCUCCCCCGGGGCCCUGAACCGUAUCAUGUCCCUCUACACCUCAUCCUCCCGACUCAGCAGCCUUUACGGCGGAGGCAACAAGAAGCCCAAAACCAAACCGCCUGUGAUGCGAGAAGCCCUCACCGCCGGCGAGGGCCUCAAGGUGCCUUCCCCCGACGCAGAAGACGCACUGAUCCAACGCAUGGCCUCACCAGACUGCGGCUGGGACGGACUGGCCUCCCUGGAGCAACGUGCCUUCCAGUCCCCGGAUGCCCGGUUCGUAGACGACCUCCUCCCGCUCCCUGUCCUACUGCGCACGAAACGGUCGAAACGGUGCAAGUCGUGCAAGCACAUUCUUGUCAAACCCGAACUGAAACCGCAGUCCACGCGGUUCCGUAUCCGCCUCAUCGCCCUCAGCUACAUUCCCCUGCCGACGUUACGGCCGUUGAACCCUGGCCCGCAACAAGCUGCGACCGUUCUCCCGGCCCCCACGGCUCCGGGUUCCACGACGAACCCGAACCUAGACGCCCUGUCUCCGCUGCGGCCCAUCCAGCUGCUCCUCACCCUAAAGAAUCACAUGUUCGAUCCCGUCCGCGUCACCCUGGCCACGCCAUCCGUCACUCCAGGUCGCGUGGCCUCCAAAGUGACGAUCCUAUGUCCGCAAUUCGACAUUGGCGCGAACAGCGACGUGUGGGACGAAGCCCUCCAAGGCGCUUCAGCAACCACCACCACGAACACCGCUACCCCCGCCACUGCCACCACCACCGAUCCGCGAGGUUCCCGAUCCGGCGGCCUCGGCGUCUACGAGAAAGUCGCAGAAGCCGGAAAAGUGUGGGACAAGGGACGGAACUGGACUACGGUUGUAUUAGAGGUGGUACCGGGAACCUUACCGGGGGGCAUCAAACGAACCCCGAAGAAAUAUCCCGCCAAUGAGCUAGAAGCAGAAAGCCACACCAACAAGAACAACAAUGACGAUGACGAGGACUCCAACUCUGACUCCGACUCCGACAGUAGCGUGGCAUUAGACUGGAGCGGACAGACGUCCGACCCGAACCAGCAACUCCAGCCCGAUGAAGACGUCCUGGAGAUCCCGGUGUUUGUGCACAUGGAGUGGGACUCGGAUAAUCAGAUUGAUCAAGAGCAUGGGGUAGGCCGCGGAUCGAGUUCAGAUACAGUGAAGAGGGAAUUAGCAUAUUGGAUGGUGUUGGGGGUGGGAAGAAUUAUGAGGGAGGUGGUGUAGUUGCCACUUUGUAUAGAGCUUGAUUAAUGAUACCUUUCUUACACGCAUAC